GGCACUUGCUGCAGCUCUCCGUCGUUAGGAUAGGAACAAUCCCUGCUGCGGACUUGCGAUUUCCAGACUAAUCAAACUGGGCUAAUUAUGAGGAAGCCUUGUGACGUGCCAGACCCAGGAAGGCAUGAAGCUACCACCAACUCCCUUUAAGUCCUCCAGCAGUCCCAGCAUGCCUUGCUCCCUAUAAACACCCCCUCCUCCAUCCCCCCUGACCCCUGACCCGACUGGACCCCUACACAGCAACCCACACAUUACCACACACACACACACACACACACACACACACAUAGACUCACUUACACACAGCCCUCAGAUCCACCCAGCCCCUUUCUCACACACACACACACACACACACACACACACACACACACACACACACACACACACACACACACACACACACACGCACACACACACACUCGUGUACACACACGCCACACUCACAGCAGCGAUGGGGCUGGAAGCUGGGCCGGUGCCGCAGGAGAGCGCGGCAGGCACGAGCUCCAGGCGGCAGCGCUACCACAACGUCCGCAGGAAGCUGAGACCCCUCCGCAUCAUCGGCUUCGUGCUGAGCCUGGCAGCAAUAAGCACGGUCCCUUACGUGUACGGUGCCUUGUCCUCCACCUUCUCCUCCCCAUCGUCAUCCUCCGUUUCCUUCUCCUCCUCACCCUCCAUUGAGGCCAUUGAGGGCCUCUCGGUUCUGGUCGACGCGUCACUCGUGUCGUCGUCGUCGUCGUCAUCGUCGUCAUCAUCGUCAUCUGCGCACGUUAGGACUCUGCUGUCCACGGUGCGGCGUCAGGCGGGCGAGAACUUCUCCCUGGACGAGGAGGAGGAGGAGGACCGGCCCGUGGCCAUGCGCUCGUCUUCUUCGGACGGCAACAGCACGUCGGAGGAUAAGGGCGACUACCCCCAGGACCUGUUCGACCUGGCACAGCGCCGGAAGGGCGCGGUGCUGCUGCACAUGAUGGGCAUGCUCUACAUGUUCAUCGCGCUGGCCAUCGUCUGCGACGAGUUCUUUGUGCCGGCACUGACCGUCAUCACGGAGAAGUUCGGCAUCUCGGACGACGUGGCGGGCGCCACCUUCAUGGCGGCGGGCGGCUCGGCGCCGGAGCUCUUCACCUCGGUGAUCGGCGUCUUCGUCUCGCACUCCAACGUGGGCAUCGGCACCAUCGUGGGCUCGGCCGUCUUCAACAUCCUGUUCGUCAUCGGCAUGUGCGCCCUCUUCUCCAAGGAGAUCCUCAACCUGACCUGGUGGCCGCUCUUCCGCGACGUCUCCUUCUACAUCCUGGACCUCAUCAUGCUCAUCGUCUUCUUCCUGGACAACUACAUCACCUUCGUGGAGAGCAUCGCCCUGCUCAGCGCCUACGGCACCUACGUGAUCUUCAUGAAGUUCAACGGCAACGUGGAGUCGCUGGUCAAGGGCUGCAUCAACCGCAACCAGGUGGUGGAGGUGGAGGCCCAGCCCAAGGCAAGGCCUCGGCUCCAGAGAGGAGGAAGUUCCGCCUCCCUUCACAACAGUCUCAUGAGGAACAGCAUCUUCCAGCUCAUGAUACACACUCUGGACCCCCUCAGUGAAGAAAAACACAGCCACGCAGAAAUGCAGAAAGACAACAAGAUACACCCGUUACAGACAACAGAGACGUCAUCAGAUGAUGGGAAGUUCCGUGAGAAGGCCUCCAUCCUCCAUAAGAUCGCCAAGAAGAAAUGCCAAGUCGAGGACGCCAACGGAGUCAUGGAUAAGAACCUGCCCAACAGCUCCAGUGUGGAGGUGGAGGUCACACCCCCGAUGAACGGCACCGCAGGACAGGAGGGAGACGCGGCUGAGGAUGAGGAGGAGGACGAUCAGCCCCUGAGCUUGGCGUGGCCGGAGAACAACCGCAAGCGUGCCGCCUACCUCUUCAUCUUCCCCAUCGUCUUCGUCCUCUGGAUCACACUACCCGACGUCAGGAAACAGUCCUCCAAGAAGUUCUUCCCUAUGACAUUUUUGGGGGCAAUCUGCUGGAUCGCCGGCUUCUCUUAUCUCAUGGUGUGGUGGGCCCAUCAGGUGGGCGAGACGUUUGCCAUCACGGAGGAGAUCAUGGGUCUGACCAUCCUGGCGGCGGGCACCUCCAUCCCCGAUCUCAUCACCAGUGUCAUCGUGGCCCGUAAGGGGCUAGGGGACAUGGCAGUCUCCAGCUCAGUAGGAUCCAACAUCUUCGACAUCACCGUAGGGCUGCCGUUCCCGUGGCUGCUGUACUCCUGCAUCCACAACAUGAAGCCGGUGGCGGUGAGCAGCAACGGCCUGUUCUGCGCCAUCGUGCUGCUCUUCAUCAUGCUGCUCUUCGUCAUCAUCAGCAUCGCGGCGUGCAAGUGGCGGAUGAGCAAGCUGCUGGGCUUCAUCAUGUUCCUGCUCUACAUCGUCUUCCUGGUGGUCAGCGUCAUGCUGGAGGACCGCGUCAUCACCUGCCCCGUCUCCGUCUGAGCCGCCGUCACCCCCACACACACACUCACACCAUAGCUACAUACAUAUAGACACACACACACCAUCACCCACACGCACACAUACUCUACUCGCACAUGCGCUCAUGUUAACACACACACAUAGUAUUAACACUUAAAUGAACACAUAGUUACUCUCUCUCUCUCUAUUGCUCUCUCUCUCUCUCUCUUUUGCUCUCUCUCUCCCUCUGUCUCUUCGAUAUACACAAACACAUAGCCUACAUACACAAACAAAGAGCCACGCGCAUACACGCAGCGCCUAAAUCCCCAAAAUUAAAAUAUUGGUUCUCUGAUUCCCUGAUGCCAAAUGCCUCACUCCCCCCACCCCCAUUCCUCUCUCAAGCAAAGAUGGGAAAGUGGUCACGGGGAGGUGUGGGGUGCUUUCUUUCUGACUGGAAGAGGAGUCCUCUAUUUAUUUCCAUUACACUGUUUAUUUACCAA